CGCCACGCUUCACUCCUCCCACCUCAUCACAACCAACAGAGGAGAGGCGAGAAUAAAACAACAUCCGGUCCCUGUGUGGUGGAGGGAAAUUUCACUUCACUGUUGAUCUCGCCCAUACCGCAGGUGAAGUGGCAUGGCCUCAUGUGAGGAGAUGGAGGUGGUGUUCCCCAAGCCCCUGGUCCAGUUCUGGAUGGGCAAGGCCCGUGAGUGGACGGAGGCCACCGCACCCUCGGCCCAGCUGGACGCCUGCAGACACCUGGACAAGCUCAGGGUCUUCCUGCAGCAAGUGCUGGGAGCGCUGGAGCUGGCGGCGUCGGCUGCUGAUGCUCUACAGGCCCAUCCCUUCAUCGGCCAGCUGCUGGGACGCCUCUGCGAUGUCCCGUGUAUUACGGCAGACGAGGCCAGCAGCUCUCUCCUGGUGCAGUGCCUCAAGAGUCUGUUCAGCCCCGCACCACAGAGCGCCCUCGAGAGGAGAGCCAACGACUGGAUACGGAAAACAAUGUGCCAUUUAGUGACAAUCGAGGAAGAAGAAAAGUGUUGUGUCGCGAAGGAUGUAGGGUUGCCGUCGGACGAAUACCACGCAGACUCUCUGCAAAAGACUGUAUCCCUUCUGUCUGAGACUGUGGAGCGAGGCUGCAAAAGGGUCAGGACCCCAUCAGAAAGGUGCCACUGUGAUGACAUUCAUAGUGUGUCGCUGACAUGCGUUCCCCUGGUCACGCGGCCUGAAGUGGCACCUCUGAUUGGUGCACUCGUGAGGAGGCCCAUGUCAUGUGACCGUGCAAAGCUGAGCCACGAGUUUGUGAAUGCCGUUAAUACAAGUUUUCUCAGUAAGGAGUUGCAUCUUGACGUGCAGUGUGCGGGGGCCCUGUGGUGUCACAGCCUCAGCUGCCUGGAGGGGGCGGUGUUCAGCUUGCUACGUUCUGUUCUGGCCAUCUCCAGGGCAACAGACCUGCGGGCUGUGGACCAACAGGUGGAGGAGUCGCUCCUGCCCCAGGCCUGUGCACAGCAUUGCUCCAUAUUUCUGGUGGUGAAUGACAUCUUCCGAUCUAUAUUGCUGGACUUGGAGGAUAAUUCGAUGCUGCGGCUGCUGAUCCAGUCUUUCACUCGCUGCUUCCUCAUUGCACUGGCUGCCCAGGACCCUCAGGAGCGGUGUUCUCUGAAGAGCUUCUUCCCUCUGGUGCCUACCAACCUGUUAGUCCCUCUGCUCACACUGCCCUCAGAGGUUCCCCAGGAGGCGUGGCCUCAGCACCUGAGCCUCAUCAUCUCCCAGCUCCAGCAGGCCACCUCACAGCCGGAGGACCCGCACCAUCACACCAGCAGUAGCAGCAGCAGCAGCAGUGGUGGCGGUGGCUGUUGUGUAUUUGAGGUGUGGUUCCUACUGGUCCAGGGCGGAGGCUGGCUGGAUGUGGCUGCGCAGCUGCUGGCCUCCGCACACACCCACAACAACUCCUCCUCAUCAUCCUCCUCCUCCACCUCCUCCUCUUCUUCUCUGUCCUCCUCCUCCACGGCCUUGCUGCUCUGGCUCCUGGCAUUCUUCUACCACCCCACCAACAGAGGGCACCAAAGGACACAGCAGUGGGAACACGUGCAGCGAGCGUGGGGUGACCUGAGGAGUCUGUGUUGGCGACCGGUGACGACACCUCAACCACCACCUCCUCAUCCACCUCCUGGGGCGCGUGAGGAGGCCACGGCUGACGUGCUCUGCUCGUCCUCGUCUUCGUCCUCGAAGCUGCUCCUGUUGCGUCUCCUCCUCAACCUCGCCAUCUUCUGCCCGGCUCCGUGUGACAUCACCGUCUUACAACUCAUUCGAAAGAUAUCGGAGCAGAAGAAGAAUAAAAAGAAGACGAUGGCAGCGAAGGAGGAGGAGUGGGUGGAGAAGAUGGAGCUGGAGAUGGAAAGAGAGAAGGAAGAGGAGGAGAAGAUGGAAGAAGAGGAGGAGGAGGUAGAAGAAGAAGAGAGCCUGAGGUGGGGAGCCGAGUGUCUCCUGGCUGGCGUAGCGUUGAGGUUGAGUAGCGACACCUCGGCCGGUGCCAGGGUUCAGGCAAGGUUGAGGACACUCGAGGACACCCUCUGGAAAGCAUUGUGAGCGUCUGUGUUUGUGUACGUGUAGUGUGUGUGUGUGUGUGUGUGUGUGUGUGUGUGUGUGUGUGUGUGUUUGAGUGAGCAAGCUAAUGUGUAAGUACGUAAAAAUGCCUGUUUGCCCCACUGAAAAGGAAAAAAAGUGAGAAUAAUUUAUUGCAGCGUGAGAUUCCUGAUGGGGGUAGAAGGGUGUUGUGAAAUACGCGCCGGUAGUAAAAUCGGGGGCGUUUUUUAAGAGCCCGGGCCAUCUGCCCUGCUAGAGCCAGGAGUCAGGUGAUGUCUGUUUUCACGCUGUGGCUGUGGGUGAAGUGGGUGCCGGAAUGUGAAAAGCCAGGCUCUCUCUCUCUCUCUCUCUCUCUCUCUCUCUCUCUCUCUCUCUCUCUCUCUCUCUCUCUCUCUCUCUCUCUCUCUCUGCAAGGGCUUUCUGUACUCUAAGACCCUGGUAGAAAGGAGAGGAUCAGAAAACACAAUUUCCAUGACGCAAUCUUUAUUUUCUUGACGAAAAAAUAUAAAUAUACAAGUGUACUGUAUUUAUUUCAACAGUUAUGUUUUCAUCAAUCUUUGUAACACAGCUCCAUCAAAAUAAAUUCCAUUUCAAAUUUCAAGGAAGAGAUAACAAUACCAUUUCCAUAAAGCAAUCUUUAUUUUUGUAGAAAAAUAUAAAUGUAUUUGUUUCACCAACAGAAAUGUUUCCAUCAGUUUGUAAUACAUUUCUAUAAAAAAUACAUUCAAUUAAAAAGUUCAAGUCUU